GCUUCUGCAGCUCCGUUCCACAGAGAGAGAGAGAAACGAAGAACGCCAUUUUCUUCGAUUCUGCAUAAGUUAAUUGAUUAAUCGUUAUGUAUCGCGCCGCUUCUUCGAGGAUCAGAAGCCUCAAGGGUCAUGUUGGCAACAGGACACUAGCCAGGUUUGCAAGUUCUAGUGCGGUUGCGGCCAAAUCAUCUUCAGGGGGUCUCUUUAGCUGGUUUACAGGAGGAAGUUCUUCCAGCCUCCCUCCCCUGGACUUUCCACUCAAGGGCAUUGAACUUCCAUCUUCUUUACCUGAUCACGUUGAAACCGGGAAGACCAAGAUAACAACUCUGCCAAAUGGAGUCAGAAUCGCCUCCGAAACUUCAGCGAAUCCGGCAGCUUCCAUUGGGUUGUAUGUGAAUUCUGGUUCAAUGUACGAAACACCAGUGUCGUUUGGGGCUACACACCUUCUAGAACGUAUGGCCUUCAAAAGCACUACUAACCGAAGCCACUUGCGUGUUGUGAGGGAAGUAGAGGCUAUUGGUGGCAAUGUGACGGCCUCCGCUUCCAGGGAGCAAAUGGGUUACACCUAUGAUGCCCUAAAGACUUAUGUUCCUCAAAUGGUAGAGCUACUUGUGGACUCUGUAAGGAAUCAGGCUUUCUUGGAUUGGGAGGUCACUGAGCAGAUCCAGAAAGUGAAAGCUGAGAUAGCUGAAUAUGCCAACAAUUCCGAGACCUUGCUGUUAGAGGCAAUUCACUCGGCUGGAUAUUCUGGUGCAUUAGCCAAUGCUCUUCUUGCCUCAGAAGGCCAACUCAAUAGCUUAAACAGUACCGUAUUGGAAGAAUUUGUAGCUGCAAACUAUACUGCUCCUCGGAUAGUUCUUGCUGCGUCGGGCGUUGAACAUGAGGAACUGUUGAAAUAUGCAGAACCUCUUCUCUCUGAUUUACCAGGUGGUGCUCAUGUUGAGGAGCCAAAGUCGGUCUAUGUCGGAGGUGAUCAUCGUGUUAUGGCUGAUACAGGGAGAACUAGUUUUGCGCUCGCAUUUGAACUUCCUGGUGGCUGGCUUAAGGAGAAGGAUGCCAUGACUUUGACAGUUCUUCAGAUGCUAAUGGGAGGAGGUGGAUCUUUUUCAGCUGGGGGUCCUGGAAAAGGGAUGUACUCACGGCUUUAUCUCCGAGUGUUGAAUGAGUACCCGGAUAUCCAUUCAUUUUCAGCUUUCAACUCAAUCUACAACCACACUGCGAUUUUCGGAAUCCAAGCUACCACUAGUUCUGAUUUUGCAUCAAAAGCCAUCGAUGUAGCAGCUAAAGAGCUUAUUGCAGUUGCCACUAAUGGAGAAGUCAACCAGGUACAGCUGGAUCGUGCCAAACAGUCAACCAAGUCUGCCAUUCUAAUGAACUUAGAAUCAAGAAUGGUUGCUUCAGAAGAUAUAGGUAGACAGAUAUUGACAUACGGAGAGAGGAAACCGGUGGAGUUUUUCUUGAAAGCGGUAGAUGAAGUAUCAGCCAAAGACAUUGCUUCCAUUGCCCAGAAGCUUCUCUCAUCACCGCUCACGAUGGCUACACAUGGAGAUGUUUCAAAUGUACCAACCUACGACUCGGUCAGCAGCAAAUUCCAUUAAUUGUAAGGUUGGUUUUAUUUGUUAUUGUUAUUUUUAGAUAUAAAAGAAUAAUUAAUGGCAUUGCAACCCAUCAUUUUUGAGAUAAUGUAUUUCUGUAAUUUUUGGUUGGUGUUUUUGCAAUGAAACUAUGUUUCACUUUGUAAGUGAAGUACAAGAGCAUUUCUUUUGGUUGUAUUAUUGCUAUAAAACCUGCAUCAUUUCAGAAGA